UUUGAUAAUUUUCCUAAUUAAUUUUUAUGUUAAUUUUGUUAAUGGUAUAUUAUGUUUGUCAUCACUUUUCUUACUGCAGUGGGGUGUGAGGGCUGUGGGUGGCAGGGGGCAUCAUGUUUAGGGACUUGGUAAAAAGCAAUGGAGUUCCACUUAAGCAGGAAGUUCCCAGGCAUGGAUGAUCAACUCCCUCUGUACUUUUGGACCAAGCAGGCCCAACAGUUUCAGGCUCAGCAGCUACAGGCCCAACAAAUACAAGCCCAGCAGCUACAAGUUGAACAGGUGCAACAGGUCCAGCAAGUUCAACAAGUUCAACAGUCACAACAGAUACAACAUAUUAACUCAGAGUCAAGUGAUGGCAAAUAUACGUGUUUGGAAUGUGGUAAGACAUUUUCAAAACGAAGUAGUUUUGAAUACCAUAAGAAGACUCAUACCGGUGAAAAACCUUUUCGGUGUGGAGUGUGUGGUAAGGCUUUUGCAAACAAUCGUAAUCUUGUGGUUCACACUCGAAUUCACACUGGUGAAAGGCCAUACAAGUGCCAAGAAUGUGGGAAGGCCUUCACACAACGAAGUAUGCUUACCGUCCAUCUCAGAAUUCAUACUGGAGAGCGACCUUAUUUAUGUAGCGAGUGUGGAAAAUCUUUUUAUCAAAGUGAUCACCUAACAAAGCAUCGCAGGAUUCACACUGGGGAGAAACCCUAUUCAUGUGAUGAAUGUGGUAAAGCUUUUUCUGAUAGCAGUGCAUUGAGACAACAUAUAAAAAGACAUCAAGACAUAGGACCAUUUAACUGUGAAUAUUGUGAAGAAAUAUUUGAAAAGAAGGUGUCUUUUGAUCUGCAUAUGAUGGAACAUAAAGGUAUAAAACCAGAAGAAUGUGAUGUGUGUGGUAAGCAGUUUCCAUCUAAAGGACUCCUUACAAAUCAUAGGCGAACUCACUUUAAGGAAAAGGCUUUUAAGUGUGAGCUUUGCGAUGAAGAAUUUAUGAGGCUAGUGACUCUUAAAAAACAUGUAAAGUAUGCACAUGGUCAUGGUAUGUCAGGUAGAGUUCCUCCAAUUUAUGAUGAUAGACCAAUUAGAAAACCAUACGGAGAGUCCAAACCAUUUAAAUGUGAUGAGUGUGAUAUGACUUUCACCACAAAUGGCAAGUUUCUUGCUCAUCAACAAACACAUCGUCCAAAUAAACAGUACAAGUGUGAUGACUGUGGUAUGUGCUUUGCGAAGAGCUAUACUCUUGAAGUUCAUAGACAAAUGCAUACCAGUAUAUCACCAGUUAUUCAGCCUGCAUCUAUAACAACUGUAACAACUAUUGCUUCUGUUAUGCCUGUUUUAACAAUACCAGCUAAUGUAAAUGUUCCUCAAACAUCCAGUAAGAUUACAGCUUAUGUAAAAGUUCCCCAGAGGCCAAUUGCCGUCAAACGUGAACCUCGCUAUGAUGAUCCUUUAGCUGUGGCUACUGCGGCUGCCCAGGUAACACCAGACCUUGUAGAAAGUCUAACUAUACCAGAGCAGCACCAGCCAUACAAUUACCAUUAUUCUGCCCAAGAGAAGACAAUGUAUGCCACAAAGUUUCGUAAAUGAUUGGACUUAUGUUUGGCAGGAGAGAAUGUGGUAAUGUCUAAAUACUAUGCACAAAGUUAAUAGUAAACGCUUACCUGAAACACUGAUGCCAUGUUACAUGUGUUGAAGCAUCAUAGUGACAAAACUUCAUUGUUAAAUGGAAGAGAUAAGUAAGUUUGAAGUAACUUUUCCAGAUUGGAAUAAAUUUAUAGUAAAAGUUACCUAGACUAAGUGCAGUAGUUAUAUAAUGGGUCUGGCCCUUAAAUUGAUUUUGUUGCCUGUAUAUUUUUUAUUAUUUUCUAGCAUUUUAGUUUUUAAAUAUACAGUACAGUAUAUUGAUUUGUGUGUGCAGGGGAACUAAUCAGUUUAAUUCUUACAAUUAGUUAUACUGUAUAAUAUAAUUAUAGAAAUUACAUGUACAGUACUAAGAAUGACUAAUCAUAAAAAAAUUAACAUGAAAAGCACUUCAUCACACACACGAUGACAGUGACAAGGCACCAUGGAUCACUAUGCUGAAUGAGUAACAAUAGAAAAUAUUGUAAUUUUUAUAGAAUUGUGAAACAUGGUUCUGAAAAAACACAAUCAAACCUGAUCUUACAUGCCACAGUAAAGACAUCUUUGAACUGCUUUAUACAGUUUCAAAUCAUACCUUAUAAUGAAGCUUACAUUGGUAUUUUAAGUACAAACAUUAUAUAUAGAGAUAUUCAUCUUAGUGAAAUUGUAUAUUAUUGUUUACUUCUACACAAAAGAGAUAACUAAAAUCUUAAAGUAGUUGUGGGAUUUAAAAUGAGGUUUGGAGAUGCCAUUGUUUUUUUGCGUAUUUAACACUUAGACAGUAGAUAUUGUCAACUGUUGAUUCACACAGUAAUGUGGUUAUCAUCAUAUGAAAAUUUAACAAAUUAUUAUCUGGGUUUUACAUUCAUGAUGCAAAUAUGGAUAUAAUAGGUCUUUAUUCUCCAAGUUGUGCUUGCGGGGGAUGAGCUCUGCUCUUUCGGCCUGCCUCUCAACUGUCAAUAAACUUUUUUUCUUUUUUUCUUUUUACACACA